AUGCGCCGCCAGCCGCUGCUGGAUUGGCCCGAUCCAACAGCCGGCGCCGCCGCGGCAGAAAUUGCUGCGGCGGGGCAAGAAGUGCUGCAGCAGGCGCGAGAGCUGGCCGCCGGCCUCGCGCCCGGCCUGAUGGCGCUGAUGCACACGCUGGGGCCGAGGGAGGUGUCCACGCUCAUUUACUCCUGGGGCCGCCUCGGGGGCGCCCCGUGCGACGAGCUGCUUGCAGCCACCCUCCGCCGCUUCAUCGACCUCGCCACCCACAACACAGCCCUGGGGGUCGGCAACGCCUGCUGGGGCCUGGCAAAGCUUGCUGAGUCCGACACAUCCCACUUCAGCGACAGCGAGCAGCAGCAGUGCCAAGGGUCGGGGCGCGGGGCGGGCGACGCGAGCGGCGGCGCCGCGAGCGGAGCGUUGAUGCAGUCCGUGGUGGCGGCGGCUGCGGAGCGGCUGCGAGAACUGCUGAUGGAUGAGGAGCGUGGCGGCGCGGUGGUGGAGGCGCGGCAUGUCUGCGAUGUCCUGUGGGCUGCCGGCACCCUCUCCUGCGGCGUCACGCCCGGCCAGUCCUUGGCCCUGGGCCGCCGCGCCGCCUCCUUCACCCCUGCAGCAACGCGCGCCAUUGGGCCCCACAGCGGCGCAGCCGCCAGCGCCGCGGCCGGCGGCUGCGGCAUGGAGGGCAGGUUUGCGACACAUGGCAGCGCGGUGGCACCGUACGCGCUUCUGCAGGCGCUCGGCGAGCUGCGCCAGCGGCCCGGCUGGCAGGAGCCGUACUCGGCGGCGGAGUGGUUGGCGCUGGUGGAGAGCGUGGUCUUUGUUGGGGCGGGCGACGGCGGCUACAAUGGAGGCAAUUGCGGCGGCGGCCGCGACGGCGGCGGCGGCGGCGGCAGUGGACGCGUCGAGCUGCGGCCCGAUGACUCGCUGGCAAAAGCGGGGUCGCCUGAUUUUGCGAGUGGUGACCACGGCAGCGUCGCCGAUCAGCAGCCCAGGGGAGCAUCUCACGCCCUCGCGCCUCACGCGCAUCCGCAGUCUCACGCUCGGCAGCCGCCGCCCAUGGCGCGGAUGCGCAUCGGGUGCAUAGCGGGCCUGCUCAGGACGGUCGCACGCCUCGCAUUAGGCAGCUCACCCUGCCUCGCGCCCGCCGCCGCCGCGCGCUGCGGCCAGGAGCUACUGCGCCAAGCCGCGGCGGCGGCCGCGGCCGUCACGGCGCCGGGGGCCCCGCAGCCGCCGCCGGGCGCGCUGGGCGACGCGGCCGCUGUGCUCGACUGCGCCGCGGCGCUUGGCGCGGCCGCCGGCGACCGCGGCGGCCGGGCCGCCUUUGCCGCUGUCUGCAACGCCGCGGCCGAGCUGCUGCACGCGCCGUCGCCCGGCCCCGCGGCCGCGCCUGCGCCGGCCUGGCUCUGCCAAAUCGCGUCCGCGCUGUCCAGGGCGCGCCACCGCGAUGACAACCUGAUGCGCCUCAUCCUACAAGCGGCCGGCGGCCUGGCGGCAACGCCGGGGCCCGCCGGGCGGGUGACCCUGCAGCAGGCGGCCACGAUCGGCCACGCGGCUGCGGCCCUGGAGAUGCCAGUCGCCGCGUGA